AUGGACAUCAAGUUUUGCAAGACCAACCUCCUCAUUGAGCACAAGGAGUUGGAUGGGAGGUUCCAAUUCAAGUUCACACAUCCAUUGGUUGGACCUUCCAAGUUUCUCCUGCCCAACCCUGAGCUUACCACAGUAGUCAGGGGUGAGAACAUUGACUUUAGACCCCCUGUAUACACAUUGGUUGGGCAAGAGAACGUUUUGCGAGAAGAGGAGCCUGAACUCGAUCGAGCUGAGGAUCGAGUUGAGUCUCAAGCUGAGGAUCGAGUCCAGGAGAGUGCGGAUUUGGGUGAGCCUGAGUGCUACUAUUUUGAGGAGUAUGAGGGUCCAAGAAUGAACCCCUCUGUUGUGGCUGCCCACAAGAGGAUUGGACUCCUCCAAAAGUUCAACAAAUGGCAAGGGAAGGCCAUUGAAAAGAUGCAAAAGUCCAUGGAAAAGAUGGUGAGCAAGAUCAAAAGUUUGGAGAAGAAGGUUUCUGGUUCUUCAAUCAAGAAGAAGAAGGCUCCCAUGAGUUCCACAUUCCUUAGGAGUAUAUCCCUUCUCACCACUCCAAGGAGGCUCCCUGCCCAAGAACCUCAUAGAGCCUCUUCAUUCGAGCCAAGGGAGGGAGAAGACAACUCUCAGAGAAGGAGGAAGAGCUCUAAGGCCAGACGCUCCAGCUCGACCACCGGACUCGAUCGAGUCCAAACAGAGGAAACUCAACUAGGUCGAGCUGACGGUCGAGUUGGUCUUGAGGAGCCACAGUUUGAGGAUCCUGGAUUGAGCAGCAAGAACCAUGUUUAUCUUGAUCAUAUCACUGCAUGCACAUCUCAUUCAACCAUUGCUGUGAUUUGA